AUGUCAGGUGGCAGUAAGGCUCCAACUGACCAAAUUAUUUGAUAUGAAGACACCAGACUUCCUAUAUAACAGAACACCACUUCAUAUUUUACCAUGCGCCAAAGAUGCUGAAAUCAACUCAUAAGCCCACUGCGGCGCCUCCAUUACCGGAAGGAUGGACAGAGCAUAAAGCUCCAACUGGGCAUUCAUACUACUACAACUCCGCGACCAAGCAGUCAACUUAUACACGACCCGUAGCUCCUCCUACCGUUGGCCCUGUCGCCCCGACGCCUGCGGCUCCACUAGAUCCAUCCCAGAGUUUCUUGCAAUACCAAGCUGUUGGAAGUCAAAUACCAAGUGCUGGACCGGCUUUCAACAACUUUCCCCCUCAAGGACAAUGUCAAGGUGGUGGACGAGGAGGUUUCCAAGGUCAGAAUCAGAGGGGAGGUCGAGGCGCAAACGACCGACCUAAACCGCAACCAAACGACAAACCGAAAUCAAGCUAUCCUAUUCCAGGUCAUGAGCCUUGGGUUCUGGUUCAUACGAAAUAUGGGCGACGGUUUGUGUUUAAUAAGGAGAAGAGCCAGAGUUACUGGCGCAUACCAGACAAGUUAAAAGAUGGCAUACUGGUACUGGACCAAUUAAGGAUAAAGGAGAAAGCGGAGGUUUUGGAAAGGGAGAAACAGAUUGCAGCUAGAGAAGCACCAGGAGCUGCGUCUCGACCUAUCAUCGCGCCCACAGAAGCAGGUCCUAUUGGCGGAGAAGCGGGAGACGACAGCUCCGAAUAUGAAGAAGUCGAAGUCACGGACGAUGAGGGGGAAGAAGGGGAAGAAGAUAAUCCAUCAAAGCGACAGCGAACGGAGGAAGAAGUUCCCGACGAGCCUGUAGAAUUCAACGAAGAUGAUAUUGCUUUCCAGCUUGCGGCAAUGGGCCAAGAGUAUGGACUGGAUCCUGGAGAGUACGAUGAUGGAAAUAUGGAUGAAUGGGAGGAAGGUGCAGAAGGGUUGGAAAUUACACCCGAGGAUUCAGCUGCGCUUUUCAAAGAUCUACUCAACGACUUUGGAAUUAACCCGUACAGUCCUUGGGAGAAGUUGAUUGAGGAAGGGAAAGUUUUCGACGAUAUUCGUUACACGGCUCUAACUACGAUGCGGGCAAGAAAAGAGACAUGGGAGGAGUGGUCACGGGAAAAAAUAAAGGUCCUCCAAGAGCUUCGUGCGAAAGAGGAGAAGAAGGAUGCUCGAAUACCAUACCUGGCAUUCCUUCAAAAGAAUGCAAAUCCAAAAUUAUAUUGGCCAGAGUUCAGGAGGAAAUAUAAAAAAGAAUCAGAAAUGCGAGAUGCGGGUCUGGCUGACAAGGAUCGAGAAAAGUUCUAUAGAGAUCAUAUCAAUCGUCUCAAACUCCCUCAGUCUACUUUAAAGACAGACCUAUUGACACUUUUGAAGGCACAGCCUUCAUCUGUACUGAACAACGCAACGUUAUCCUCACAUCUACCUCCAGCAGUAUUAGCUGACAUACGGUACAUAUCUAUGGACGUUUCAACCAGAGACUCGCUCAUCGAUACUUUCAUCUCUACGCUUCCACCUUCACCAGAUUCAAUACCCGAAGAAGAAACAGAAGAAGCAAUCAAAGAGAGAAAAGAUCGCGAGCGAAGACAAAAAGCCCUUGAGGACCGAGAGAAACACGUGGCCGAAGAAAAGCGACGACAGCAGCGAAACCUGGAAUUUGGAAAAGGACGUCUACGAGAAGAAGAAGCCGAAAUCGCAAGGGCAAUGAACGUUACCAAGAAAGGCCUGAAGGACCACUUGAUGGCAGAAAAUAGUGGCGACAAGCCAACUUGA